GGCGUGCUGAUAAAACGUCAGUUACGCCGCAGACUUGCACCGAUCAAGUGUUUUGGUCUCGUAAGUUUUUUUUCAACCGUUCGACUUAUACAUCGCGAAGUGAUCGAAUUUCGAUUAGUUUUUCAAACAUGAUCUCCGCAACCGCGGUACUGUUGGCGUGCGCCGUGACAAUUGUCACCUGUGCCGGAAACUUACAGACCGUUAACGAAUGGACAUUGCUCCAAUACGACGUGCCGUUCAAUUACCCCAAUGCCGACUCGUACAAGCCUGAAGUCACAAUAUCCACCGGAAUUGAAAUUGGUUGGGACAGAAUAUUCAUUACGACCCCGAGACUGUUCAACGGCAAUCCGGCCACGCUGGCGUGGGUGCCGCGCAACCGAGCUGGCGUGAAUUUCGACACGCACAAAUCGCCGCUGUUGCAGGCUUAUCCCAACUGGGAAUGGCACAGCGAAGCGUCCAGCGGAGAUCUGCUGACUUCGUCGACGCCCAACUGUUCCAGCCUGGUGUCCGUGUUUCGGGUCAGGGCGGACAGGUGUAACAGGCUGUGGGUGCUGGACAGCGGAGUCAUGGACAGCAUAGAGACGUUCAAGACGGUCUGCCCGCCCAAGUUGUUGGUGUUCGACAUGAGAACUGAUCGAGUGGUGAGAAGCGUAACACUGCCCGCCGAAAUAUUGAGGCCCAACACUCUUUUGACAAAUCUGGUGAUCGAUGAUCAGGUCGAAGUGUCUCAUCUGCAAGACGGAUUCCUCGGAGAUUGUGAUAAUGUGUUUGUGUACAUGACCGACAGUACUAACCCAGGAAUUCUGGUGUACGACGCCCGACGAGACACAGCGUGGAGACUCUCGCAUCCGUACAUGUUCCCGGAUCCAGACUUCGGAACCUUCUCGGUAGCCGGCGAAUCUUUCACCCUGAUGGAUGGCGUCAUCGGCUUAGCUCUAUCGCCUUUCGGAUCCGUAGGUCGCCGCCUGUACUUCCAGCCGUUCGCUUCCGACCGUCUGUUCUCCGUACCCACAUCCGCACUCAAGGCUGGACCAAAUUUGGGUGACGAUGCCGAUCUUCCCGUGUCUCUGGUUGGCCACAAGUCUUCACAAGCCGCUCCGUUGGCUGUCGAUCCCAAGGACGGGGCUCUCAUAUUCAGCCCGGUGUCCGAAACGGCCUUGGCCACCUGGAUUCCGGGAUCCGUGGAACACGGUGUGCUGGCAUACAGUCCGGAGGAACUACAGUUCGUAUUGGACAUCAGAUCGGCUGAUCGCGACCAAGGUGCCAUUUGGGUGGUAUCGACGCGGUUACAACGGUUCUUCAAAAAGACUCUGGACAAACGGGAAGUGAACAUCCGCAUCAUGAGGAUACUCAGGGUUCCGGAGUUCUUGCCUUACGCAUUCAAUAACAAUAACUCUCUGCUGCUGUUCAAAUGAUCGGCUGCUAUUAUACUUUUGACAUUGCACCAAUCCGAUGAUAAUUUAUUGCUAAACCAUGUUGUAUUAGCCUGUAAUAAUAAUUAUAAAUAAUUUCAUGAUAGGUACCACACAUUGUAACAUUUAUACCAGAUGACAUACGAUACGCAAAGCGUUUUUUGGUAUAUUAAUGAAUAAUGACGAUGCCAUUUUAUUUAGGGUUGCGACGCUACGUCCGUAUAUAAUACGAUGAUAUUAAAACGUUGACGGAGCUGCGACAUUUACUUUAAUAUAAUCCCAUUGUGUAAAUACUAGUAUUAAUUAAUUACGAUUGAAAUAUAAUUCCGAUCGGAUCCGGCCUAAACACCCGUCUAAACGUUCAGAUAAUAAUAAUAAUAAUAAUAAUAAAACGAGAUAAUAUGUUAAUGCGACUCGAUCAUUUUAUAGGUUGUAUUAUUAUUUAUUGUUAAAUGUGUCCUGAUCUUCAAUGUAUACACAUUUAAUCAAGCUGACGUGUUUUUAAUUUAUAAUUUUCGACGGGAAUGUAAUAUAAUAAUUCGAUUAUUUUCGGACCGAGCUGAAGUCUCGAAACUUUAUAUUUAUCCAAAAAUACAAAUUAUCUAGUGAUGCCAGCAAUAUGAUACGACAAAUAUUUUACAAUAAAAUACUGUUUCAACGAAUUAUACAGGAUGCUAUUCUUUUUUGGUAAACAAUUAUUAUCGUCACGACUUGAGAGAUAAAUCGUAAUUAUAAUCACAUAAGACAUAAGUACAUAACUAUACGCCGAUGUUACCGAAGUAGCACUAAAGUACUCUGUUUAUUAUCACUUAAGUAUUUUAUGAUUGAUCAAAAUGUAUUAUUUAAUAUUAUAAUUUUAAGGAUAUUGUAAUUUAAGAAAUGUCCGUUAUUUUUUAGUCCAAUCAUAUAAUUAUUUCGGUUUUAUUAUUAUAAAACAAAUAUUUUGUGUAAUGUAUUUUACUGAGUAUAUUGAAUUACGGAAUAUUAUAAUAAUAUAGACUAUGUUUUUAAAAUUGUGAAAA